AUGGCAAAAGAGGAAGUUCAACAACUCCCACGGCAGCAGGGCUCUUCCAAUGGUGGAGCAACACAUGCGGAAGACCAUGACCAUAGUGUCGUGGUUGAGGCAAUUCAGUCACUCCAGGAUAUGCAGAGGGAGAUCCUGGCAGCUUUGCAAACUCUCACUGAGGCUAUUAUGGCCAUGGCUUCUAAACCAGCUCCAGUGCAAGCACCCCCGCCUGUAGCAGUUCCAAACCCAACGCCUAACUUGUUUCCUAAGGUUCGGGCUCCGAUCCAGUGCCUAAGUUUAUUUAAGUUUGAUGGAAAACAAGGCAACGCCAGAGAACAAGUGGUCAGGUUCAUUAAAACUCUUGGUGUCCAUGGCAGUGACCACUCUCUGAGCCUUCGGGAGUUCUCCAAAUCACUUACUGAAAGAGCUUACAGUUGGUAUGUGAACUUGGCUCCCAACUCGAUCAAGAGUGGGGAGGAGAUGGUGAAUAAAUUCCACACGAAGUUCUUCCAAGUCCAGGAGAAAGUUACAACCCCCACACUUGGGCGAGACGACCAAAAAGAAGGUGAAGAUAUACUGGACUAUGUUAAGCGGUUCCAAGACAAGGCAAUUGACUGUCAUGAACCAGUGGAUGAGGCUCACUUAGUCAGCAUAUGUGUGGAGGAUGCCAUACAUGACUAUUAA